GAACGCAUCUGAAAGUAAUUCCAGGAACAGUGAACAGUCUCCACUGAAAAUGUUCUCCCUAAGUUUUGGGUUGCUUCUAGCCAUCUGCGGAUGCACUUUUGCCUAUAUUGAGAUACCUGAGGCCUAUCUGACUGCUAUAAGUCAGGAUCGGGCGGAUGAGCAAUCUGCAGGCGAGUAUAACUACGAUGAGCAGGGUGAUGAUUGGACGGGAACAUGCCAGACUGGGCAGAACCAGUCGCCCAUCGAUUUGAUUUUUGAAGAUUCUAAGAUAGUGUCCAUUCCCCGUCUGCGUUUCAACUACUAUGAUCAGCCAUUGCAAACUCCCUUGGUGAUUACCAAUAAUGGACACACAGCAAAUAUGGUCAUUCCACUAACACGAGGAGGUCAGCGUCCCUCCAUAAAUGGCAGUCUUCUGCCUGGAGAUUUCGAGGCACAGAGCGUACAUUUCCAUUGGGGAUCGCGGGACUCCAAGGGUUCGGAACAUGCCAUCAACUUCCAGCGUUACGACGUGGAAAUGCACAUUGUCCAUAAGAACACCAUAUAUAGCACUAUGGGCGAGGCAACUCAGAAUCCCGAUGGAAUAGCUGUCUUGGGGGUGAUGUUGAGGGCAGUGGAUCGCCAGGUCUCGCAGCACUACGGACUGAACAAGAUAUUCAACCAGCUGCCCAGAAUCGUGCAGUAUAACUCCAAUGCUACAAUAACCGGAAGACUGACUGUCGGCCAACUUUUGGGAAAUAUCGUCACCGGAGAGUUUUUUACAUACAAUGGAUCUCUGACCACCCCGGAUUGUGCCGAAUCUGUCACUUGGACUGUUUUCCCCGACGUUUUGGACUACCCUCGUCGUCAGAUCGCAAAGCUCUGGAACCUCAAGGACUCACGACAAAAGCCUCUGAUCGACAACUAUCGCAGCAUUCAGGACACCAAUGAUAGAGAUGUUUAUUAUCGUACAAUUCAAUAAAAUGAAAAUAUACCUAACACCUUAAAAA